AUGGGUCACUACAACUUCGCGCCUCUCCGCGUGCGCCAGACUGCAAAGGCCCUCUACGACGCCAAGCGCACCUCCAGCCUGCCCCAGUGGUACGACGUGGUCGGCAACAUCCCCCCCGGCGAGACUCUGGCCCGCCCCGUCCUGCGUGCCCCGCGCGUCAAAGGCGCAAAAAAGGCCAGCAAGCUGUUCAAGCCGCUGCCCAUUGCCUACCCGGAGGACCAGCUGCGCUCCGACUUUUUCGGCGAUCACCCGUGGGAGCUGGCCCGCCCACGCCUCGUCGUCGAGGACUCGGGCAACGAUGCCAAGGCCUACGACUGGUCCAGGAUUAAGCAAAAGGGCAAGCAGAUGGACGGCGAGAGCGUCGUCCAGCGCCAACUCUGGCUCAUGAAACACCGCCACAUGUCCAAAGCCUCUGCCUACGACCACGCCCGCCGCGAGUUCUACCACCACCGCCACCUCGCCGAGAUCCGCGCCCGCAUUGCAAAGGAAGAAGCCACCCACGUCGGCGCCUACUUUGGCAAGGGCCCGCUCGAGGUCGGCAUGGCCCUCGAAGACCGCGCCUGGGAGAACUGGAAAGCCUGGGCCAACCAGCAGAUCGAGGAGGAGCAGAGCAUGCGCGCUCAGAUGUUCUCCGGGCCCCAGAACGAGGACGCUGGCGUGAGCGCCCUGAGCACGGCAGAGUACGAGAACGCAGUAACAGAACUGGACCCCAUGGCCGCCGCCACACCCAACACGUCUGCGUCAGCAGCUCCAAGGGGGGGAGUAGUUGCGCAUCCAUAG